AUGGCCGACUCGCUUCUGGAAUUGCUGGCUCCGCACCUGGAGACGCCACAGGUCCAGGAUGCCACGACUUCUCAGUAUCUCAAUCGCCUGUCCACACUCUCUCUCGAGGCCCUCCAGACCACCGAACCGCAAUCUCUCGCACAGUCCUCCCAUUCGUCUCUCCUCUCCCUCCAGGCCUUGUCCAACCGCUCCCAUAAAGCGUUCAUAACUUCCGCCGAUAAUCUCUCCAACCUCAGCUCCUCUAUCCCGAAAUUGACCCAUGAGGCGCAGCAACUCCGCGAUGCCAUCCCAAAGCUCGAUGAGGAGGCUGUAAGCUUCUCCACCAAAUACAGCAAGAUCACCGACAAUGUCGCUCUAGAACGGCGGAAGAAGGCUAUGCAAUUAACGCGCAAUGUCGACCGACUCUCCGAUAUCUUGGAAUUGCCGUCUCUAUUAUCAGCCGCGGUGUCUGCUGCGUCUGCCAACUCAGCAGGUGCGGCCUCCUCCACCUACUCCUCCGCACUCGAUCUACACGCCCAUAUCAAACGACUCCAGACACUUUACCCCGAUUCUCCCUUGAUCCAAGAUGUGGCAUCUCAAGCGGAAGAUGCAAUGAAAGACAUGACGUCCAACCUCAUCGCGGGACUUCGCUCGCAAAACCUACGGUUAGCAGCUGGCAUGCGGACCGUGGGCUGGCUGCGACGAGUCGCCCCAGACCUAGAGGGUCUGCAGAAUGACGGGGGAGCCGGAACGGGAGAAGGAGCGCUGGGCGCAAUCUUCCUGAUCUGUCGACUGGCGCACCUGGUUUCGACCCUGGAGGCCUUGGACCCUUUGCGAGAGCUUGCAGAUCAAGAAACCCAACGGAGAGUUCAGGGCAAGGAAAAAGGCGAAACCUGGUCUGACGGCCAGCAGACCGAUCGAUAUUUGAAACGAUACAUUGAAAUUUUCCGCGAGCAGAGUUUCGCCAUCGUCUCACUAUAUAAGAGUAUUUUCAGCUCUGAGCAGUCGGAAUCCGAUCCGGCUGUCUCGAGUGUACGGGCUCUUGAAGGCCACCAAAGCAAAUUACCAUCGGCGCGGUCGGACGACCCGUUUCAACGAUUACCGUCCGCCCUAGCGACAUUCCCAAUGCACCUGGUGCAAUUACUCACAGAUACGAUGCGGGCAUACCUCCCCAAUGUUCGGGAUCGCAGCUCCAGAGAAAGUCUUCUCACUCAGCUAUUGUAUUGCGCGGCAAGUUUAGGCCGACUUGGGGGCGAUUUCGGCAUGAUUCUGACGGAGCUGAGCGGAGAGGAAGACAUCAGCUACGAGUGGGAGGAUGUGAUGCGCAAGCAUCGAGCAUUGGCUGGGCGCCUGGAGCAGCUGACUAGUCGAGUUCCGGUGCAUUGA